AUGUUCAAGCACAAGUGUUCGCCAGUCCUUUCUCUUCAUGUGUCCACACGCGGCGAUGCUGCUCAAAAGAAGAAUUCAGAAGUGCCCCUACAGUGUAGACAAUCAAUUAGCGCCCCUGACGAAUAUUUUGAUGAACCUCUCAGUUUCGCAGCUGCAGGAAACGCUGCUGGAAAAGUGACGCAGUGGGAAAUCUCUGGAAAGGACAUCUUCGACCUCGAUUACGAUAUCGACAAUUCCAUCGAGUGUAUUCCAGACGUAACGAUGGACAACGAGUCGGGAAUGCACGAGCACUGGAUGUUCUUGAACAAAGAAGUCACCUUUUCCAGCGAAAAACAAAUCGGCCAAACCUCGAAGGCGAUUUUGAAACUAGCGCGGCUGUCUUCUUCCUCUCCCGAAGUCGUUUAUUUGUUCAAAUAUAUCGUCGAUUUCUGUGACACGGCGAACGAUUAA